AUGGCGGACGUCACGCCUCCGUUUUGCAAUGUCAUUGUUAUUAUCCAAGUUUUUAAGUUGAAAAAAUUAGCAUCAAGCAUGUCCAGGAAUGCUGAGGAAACCAACAAUAUGCUGGACAGAUGGGCAAAAGUUUUUGACAAAAGACGCUGGCCAUGUGCUGACACCUCCGAUACCUCAAGAAGAUAAAGGUACUUCACAUAGGUGUGCAAGACACGGGAGAGAACGCAGCAAAAUUUUGGACCAGAAACCAGUCAAGCCUGCUAGAUCCAUCCAACCCACACCAGUUAAACCUGUUAGACAAGCCAGCUUCCAUGCACCCACGCCAAAAGAAACAUCUGUCAAAUCUGGAAACAGAGUUGAAACGUUGGAGCAUCCUGCACUUAAAGGAGAAAAAUGUCCUCAACUUGAAGUUAAACAGGAACUCGUAAAGGAGCAAUCAUCAGCAGAGAUCGGACCGUUACUCCCUCCAUCCUUCCCUAAGAGACAAAGUUCUUCCAGUCAAAGAAAGUCUUUGCAAAGUGAACGCGCGACAGAAUCCGUCAAACCAGUUGUGCCGGGUGGGGAACCAAUCACAUUGGAGGUAGCUAAGGCCCUCCGUGUGUUAUUAUUUGGAACACCGUACACGUCUUUCAACUUGGACUGGAGAAGACAGCACAUCAACUUCUUUUCGCAAAAGUCUUACGCUCUAAGCUUCCAUAAGUUGGGGCCUGACGGGAUCAUGGCAUGUUUGCAGGGAUUUCUGUUGAGAUUCUUGUUGUACGACCAGCCAUCCAUUGAACACGUGAAAAGUAUGUUGAGACCCAUGUCGUCUGAACGUCAGAAUGCGCUAAUUACAGCCAUGACGAAGAUCCUCUGGCAAGCAGGAGGCCAACAGCGUGCAACGGUGGUACUGCCGUGCGGCGAGUGUACCUGGGCAACAAUGGAUGACUAUAGAGAAGAUCAGCUAACGGAAAAGCUUCAUCAGUUCAGAUUUACCGAGUUUUCCCAUCUGGAAAGAUUCAUCAAGAAGCACUUGUCUUUUUUUGAAAGCACAAACGGAAAUGGUUGCAUUCUGUUUUUGUAUUCAGUCAUUCUGUCCCGAUCAAUUGAAAGGGUAACUGAGGAUCUAGGAGACCCACAUUUCACUUUGAUGGGUCUUCACGACUCGUGCACUCAGGCCAUGGUUAACUUGAUGCUCACCGGCAGAGCAGCCGCUAAUGUCUUCAACGGUGAUAUCGAGUUCAAUAAAAGGGGACGAAAACUGUCCUAUCCGCUAAAUGGCAUUAAAGGUCGGAGUGAAAUUGGAUUUUUAUCUAUGAAAGAGCAUCUUGAUCCCAAAUCUUUUCAGGUUGGCAGCAUGCUCAAGACUCCUAAGUUUCCAGUCUGGGUGGCGAAGACGGGUGAACGUUACGGCGUGCUGUUCUCACUCAACAAGGAACUCGUCAAUGAUUGGAAACUCGAAAGGAGAUUUGAGUUGUUGUACUGUACUGGAUCAGCUAAAAGAAACAAUGGUGCCGACGAAAGUGUAUUUAUUAUAGAUACGAGAGAUGUGUUCAGCCCCGAUGACGAAUUCGGUGAAGAACCAUCUGAAGUGGAACACUGUAUUAGAACCAAAUGGCCAGGUGCACUGAUUGAAGUAAAGGAUUAAAGAAGCUAAACGGAAGUAAAAGGACCAUUUCAGGGUUCUAUUCUGCAAGGAAUAGCUUGAGCUCGAGUGAGAGCAGCAGUAUCUUCAUGGAAACAAGCUUGUCGUUACAUAAUCACGCAAGGGUCACGUGAUCCGUGUUAGGGCUGUGUGGCGCGGUUGAGACCUCACGAGACAAGAAAUUCGCUACGAAGGAGACCUUGAAGAGUGAUAUCAGCUUGUAUUCAAGAAGAACUCUCGAGGAAAACCCUUUGUAAUUCGUGAAAACGAUUUCAGUCUGAAGCAACCAAUUUCAAGGUGCUAGACUUCUGUUGCCGGAGUCACUUAUGCAAGGUUUCCGUUCUUUACACCUAUACGGCUUGAUCAUGCACAGUUCUUUGUUCAGAGAAAAACGUAGCGAAAACAAAGGGUUCGAUUUAGUUACUUUGUCAUCUUUGCUUCCUCUGGUCCUAGAUACUGAUCGACACAAUUUAAUUUUGUUCGAUACGUUUCUUGUAUCAGAGCCAUUUUAAAAUGAGUGUUGAAAGUAAUCGAGAAAGGAUUGGUUUUGCUUUUAUUACUCUGUGAUUGGUCGCGCCUUUCUCAACCAAUCAGAUGCAAAACUAAAACCAAUUAGGACUUGGUCGCCCACUUUUUUUCCGGGCUUCGAGCAGUUUGCUUGAUUCACUUUGAGUUCUCAUUGGCUAGUAAUAACGUAAACCUUUGUCUUAAUUGGUUGGUGGGAUUACUUUGGUGUUUCGACACUUGGCUGAAAACUGCUUUAAAAACCCUAUAUGCGAGAACUUCUGCAAUAAGGGAUUCCGUAAGCUAGAAUUUUUCUUAUGGCGCCAUAUUGCGAGAGAACAGAAGGAAAGACGAGGAAUUAGA